AGCAUAUGUGCACCCUAACAAAUAAGACAACCAUUAUGUCAAAAAAUUUUCAUUACAAAAUAAAAUUUUAUAAAAAUUACAUAAAUUGUAAGAAUAAAUGUUUAAAUUUCUGUGUAUCUGUUAAUAAUAGUAAACGUAACAGUUUGGUUAAUUUAAAAGAUUUUCAAAGUGGUAAGACCAUGACGGAAGACAUAGCGAUAGUGCACUUUAAAGUGAAUUUGACGGGCACACGCAUUGCACCCUACGAAGUAGUCGGCGUGAUGGGCAAUCAAGAGGCGCUCGGCGAGUGGAAUGUACAAUUGGCGCCGCGUUUAAAACGCUCCGCGAAUGACUAUAGCGAGUGGACGGCCGUUGUGGAGCUUUCGCUGCAUAAAUUCCUGCGUUAUCGUUACUUCAUCGCCGCGGUGGACAAAGCCACACAGAUUGUGCAGGCACGCCGCUGGGAGAUACAAGAGCGUGCGCGCGAAGUCAAACUGAUGUCUAAGAAAGUAGAAUGUGUUGAUCGGUUCGGUUGUAUUUGUCCGAAUAAAUUGAAAGUGCGCAAAGCUUGGCUCAACACCGGACACGUAGUGCUCUUCAAGUUGUUCUUCAAUGCCUUGGAUUUUAAAGAGAAUUUACCGAUCGUGCCGGAAGAGGAAAUACGACUCAAGCUCGAGCCUGUUAAUCCGGAACUAAUGCUACCCAUAUUACCGUCGGCGCGUGCAUAUGCGCAAUACUCGAAUAUGCUAUAUGGUGGUAGUCAAAUGAAGGAACAACCCGACUUGGGUGUCGUCUACAAUAAUAAUACGUUGAUGUUUCAAGUGCUGAUGGUGGACAAAGCGAUGGUCGGCUAUUUGCUAAAGUUGAAUUUAUCCAACGAAUCAACGGGUUGCGUACAGUUUCUGGGACAAAUGUAUAUACCACCCGAUGCCUUGGACACCAGCGAGGGCAUAUUGACAGUUAGUUUUGCCAGUAUCACUAAUGGCAUGGAAGUUGCGCGUUUGAAAAUGAAGUAUUUAGUUAUAAAUGCCAUGCCGGAUUGGCAGGUGAAGUUGAACACCACAUUCCUGCAGUAUUGGCCACGUCGUUGGAAGGGUCUUGAUAUAGGACAUCGUGGCAGCGGACGUAGUUUCAUUGCCGACAAUCCAGCGCCCAUAUUUGAGAAUACGUUGAACUCAAUGCAGUCGGCUUACAAGGCUGGCGCUGAUAUGGUCGAGUUCGAUGUGAUGCUAACUAGAGAUUUGGUGCCCAUCAUCAAUCAUGACUUCGAGCUGAUGAUUUGUUUAAAUGCCGGUAAACCGCUUACCAAAUCAAAUCUAUGCAUGAAAUCCGUCAAAGAUUUCACUUACGACGAACUGCAGCAUUUGAUUACUUAUCGGGUUAUAAACGAACGCAUCGUAGAAUAUCCAGCGCCGUGUAGUGUUAGCAAUCCGGAUGAGCGACUUUUCCCCACCUUGAAGGAGUUCUUCACCAACACAAAUCGUUUUCUCGGCUGCAAUAUGGAAAUUAAAUGGCCGCAAGCUUAUUAUGCCGGCGGUAUUGAGAGCAUACAGACAAUCGAUAAGAAUCAAUAUGUGGAUGCUAUAUUGAGUGUGGUGAAGGACGUCAGUUGGGGUCGUCUGUGCUGCUUUAGCUCCUUCGAUGCGGACAUUUGUAUUAUGUUGCGUUUCAAACAAAAUAUUUAUCCCGUCUUCUUUACGGUUUCGCACAAAGUGCCGGAGUUCUUGGAUCCACGCACGCACUGUCUGCAUCCGGCGGUGAAUACGGCGCAGGCGUUUGACUUAAAUGGCAUAGCGCCGGCUGCGAGCAUCUUUGAAAGUCAUCCAGACGCUGUGACCCUGGCCAAUCGUCAGAAGAAGUGGGUUCUGUUGUGGGGUGAGAAGCUGUGUGAUCGCAAAGCCGUCGCUUGGUACAAGAAACAGGGUGUGCAUGGCUUGAUCUACGAUCGCAUUGAUACGAUUGUGCCCGCCGAUAAGCGAAAUAUGUUUGAGAAGGAUGGUCGCUUGCAGAAACUUUUCAAAUUACAGCUGAGCUGCGGUUGUCGUUGAAAAUUUGUAUGUGAAAUAUUUUAUUCAAUCUUUAUUUGUUGUAAUAUGGGUUUUGAAAAUUUGUUAGUGGAUUAAGUAAUAGGUUAGAAAUUUAUUAAAUAAUAAAAAGUAGGCGUGAAUUCCUUUUAAAGAAAAUAUUUCU